AUGCCUCUAGGCAUCAUCGCGGUAACCCUCUUGUUCCUAAUUUCCAACUUAGGGAGAAACAAACUCGAUCCUCGUGAACCACUCGAGGUCAAGGCAUCGAUUCCCAUUAUUGGACAUCUUCUCGGGAUGAUAAAUAAUGGGCUUGUGUACUAUGAUAUCCUCAGCAAAAAAUAUCCCAACCUUCCCGCCUUCACAACUUCCAUCUUCAACUUCAGAACAUACACCAUCGCAUCGCCAUCUUUAAUCCAGGCUGUGCAGCGCAAUGCGCGUCUUAUUUCAUUCGAGCCUUUUCUUAACGUAGCAGCCGAACGCAUGGCUGGUUGCUCAAAACAUGCUUUAGAAAUCCUACGUGAAAAACGUUCGGGUGGGCAAGGCGGCAAUCAAGCUGUCAUUCAUGCUAUGCAUUCAGCGCUUUUUGGUCAGGAACAGGAUAAGAUGAUCCGGUCCAUGAUUAAGGGAGUUGAGGUCUGGAAUGACGGGCUUGCUCACAAAGCCCCAAUACAGAUUGACAUGUUUGAAUGGUGUCGAGAGGCCAUUACUGUUGCCAGUUCGGAUGCCAUGUGGGGACCACUCAAUCCAUUCAAAUCAAAAUAUUUUCGUGAUGCAUUCUGGGACUUUGAAGCUGGUAUUGAUAGGUUAAUUUUGAAUUUUCUACCACACAUCGUCGCCCGCAAGGCAUGGAAGAGCCGGGAGUCAGGUACCAAGGCUUUCAUGAAAUACUAUAAUGCCAAUGGUCCAGCACAAGGCUCAUUGUUGGCCCAAGCUAGAUGGAACACUAUGCACGACAUGGGUAUCUCCGUGGAGGACGUGAGCCGUCUUGAAAUGGGUAUGGCCGUUGGUCUGCUAAGCAACACCAUCCCCGCGACCUUCUGGGUUUUAUUCGACUUGUAUUCUCGGCCUGAGUUACUCGAGCAAAUUCGCGAAGAAGUAAACCAAAAUGCACUGCAGAUUGCAGAUAAGUCUGCAACUAUUGAUUUAACUUGCCUCCGCGAUCAAUGUCCCCGUUUACUUGCUUUUUUCCAUGAGUCUCUUCGGUUACGAAGCCUAGCCGCUCCCACCAGAUUUGUCUACGAGGACGUUGUCCUAGAUAAUAAGUAUUUGAUCAAGGCUGGAUCGAUGCUCAAUAUCUCAACUACUGCUGUGUAUCGGAAUGCCGACAGCUGGGGCCCUGGAUCCUCCGAGUUCGAUGCCACACGAUUCUACGCAUCGUCUUCGCGUAAGAUUGGGGGAUUUCUAGGCUUCGGUAUUUCACCCAAUCUAUGUCCCGGACGAGAAUCGGCGACUAGUAUGAUUCUUUCCUUUGUCUCUGCCUUCAUUCUUCGUUUCGACUUGGAGCCACCAUCUUCCUCCAGUGGUCCACUGUGGGCUGAACCAAAACUCAGAUUUCACUCACUCUCCUCUCCUUGGUUUCAACCAGCAGAGCCGUUCUUGGUCAAAGUGAUGCGGAGGAAAGAGUAUCAGGAUUAUGAAUGGCACUAUCGUGUCCCUGAAGAUAAAGGGCAGUUUAAGCUAUCAGUUGGAUAG